AUGGAUCCAUCAAAGGAUUGCCUUGUACAGAUCAGGCAGCUUCUCGACUCGAUAGAGAAGGACAACCUCUCUCGAGACGACUCCAAUCCAGUUGGUCGCACACAGCUUGAACAGGCUGCAGCGCCGAUGCAGCACCAUUCUGUGUCUUCUGGUGGAUUCAAGAACCCCCAGAAUGCUGAAGGCUGUGCGAUUACUCUCAAGAGCCUGCCUGGUCGAGGCAUCGGUGUUGUUGCGACGCGUUUGAUCCCUGCUGGCAGCAUCAUUCUCCAGGAAGACGCGACCCUGACAGUCGCAAUGCCGCAGCCCAUAACACUUGCUGAAGUGCGAAAGCAGGUGCUCGGCCUCCACGCAUGCGACUGUCCAGACCUCAAGGCCAACGUGUUGAGCCUUCUCGCCACUGGGAGCGGCCAACCCCAGCUCACAGAGCAGCAAGUCGAGCUCAUCGCCCAUCUGAGUUCUGUCUUCAUGACGAACAUUUUCGACAACACGUUUGCUGAAGCAUCUUCCCUGUAUCUACAAGCCAGUCGCUUCAACCACUCCUGCCUCCCCAACUGCGACUACGAGCACACGACCGACUCUGACAAGCGCCGCAUCACGAUCGCAAUUCGAACCAGUCGGGACAUCCAGCCAGAAGAGGAGCUCUGCUUGACAUACUUGAACUACUACGAAGAGCGGGGCAGGAGGUUGGCUGCUCUGAAGCAGAACUGGGGGUUCGUUUGCAAUUGUCCAGCCUGCGAUGUUGAAAAUCCUGCGGUAGACACGGCAGCGCAUGAGAAGAUGCUGGCGGAAUACAGACAGUUGAAGAAGGAUCCAGAAUCUCAUGCUUUGUAUUCUGGAGCCCCGACAAGGCUGUGGUUGGGAGAACUGGAAGAGGUCCUCGAUCGAUCAAUUCGGCGGAGCCAGAUUGCUGAGGUCUUUGGUGACAGCUACACCUGGACGAUCAAUCAUAUCGUGUCAAGCAUAGCUUGCAAGCAGAUGUGGCUCUGGACAGGCAACCCCGAAGAUUUCAAGAGCCAUGUCAGGUUUUUGGAACAGGGACAGCUGCCGGCUGAGCGCAUGGCACCAUCACGCCAAGGCCGAGCACUGAAAGCGAGAUUGGAGAAGGACCUGUCCGAAGCUCAGAAAUUGAGGGGCACCAGGUGA